AUGAAGUUCUUGGCAAUCGCUGCUCUUGCCAGCCUGGCGCAUAUGGCAAGCGCAGUUGGCGUUGUUGGCAAAGCUGAAGGCUUCGCAACUGGAGUCACGGGUGGUGGAAAUGCCACGCCGCAGUAUCCAAAGGACAUCAAGGAGCUGACAACGUUGUUGACUGACAGCACCGCUCGUGUCAUCGUUCUUGACAAGACCUUUGAUUACACCACAUCCGAGGGCACAGUCACUGGAACUGCUUGCGCGUCCUGGGGUACUGGAGCAAAGUGCCAACGCAUUCUGUUAGACACUUGCGAUGCAGGACAAGUGAAGGAGACUGUCACCUACUACAAAGCUGCGAAAACCCCCAUCAAAGUUGGUUCCAACAAGACCAUUUUGGGUAUUGGAAACAAGGGCAUUAUCAAGGGAAAGGGACUCUCCUUUGCCGGCAAGAACGUCAUUGUCCAGAACAUCCAAGUCAGUGACUUGAACCACAAGUACGUCUGGGGUGGAGAUGCUCUCUCCUUUGCCGGAGCUGAUCUCAUCUGGAUCGAUCAUGUUACUACUGCUCGCCCCGGCCGACAACACUAUGUUUUUGGUUUUACACCCAGCACUCGCAUCACCCUCUCCAGCAACUUCAUCAACGGUGCCUCCGACUACUCCACUGGUUGUGACGGCUAUCACUACUGGGUUUUCGAGAUGGUUGGCACUGGCGACUCCAUCACCAUGAAGAACAACUACAUCACCAAGACUGCUGGCCGUGGCCCUGCCCUUAGCGGCAAGACCCUCCUUCACGCCGUGAACAACGUCUGGUUCGACGUCAAGGGUCACUUGCUCGAGGGAGGUGAUGCCGGCGCCCGUGGAAUCUUCGAGGGCAACGUCUUCAACAACGUUCAGAAUGUUGUAGCCGACUACGCUGGCAAGCUCUUUGGUUCUCCUGAUGCCAACACGAACAAGCAGUGCAGCACUGCUCUCGGAAGGUCUUGCGAGGUCAACCUCUUCCAAGGCACCACAACUACCGCCAGCUCUUUGACAAGCAAGAAGGACACCUCAUUCUUCAGUGAGUUCAAGAACCUAGGUAUUGCAAAGGCCGUCGCUGCUUCUGCUAUCACCACCAGGAUCCCCAACGGUGCAGGCAACGGUAAGCUUUCUGCGCUUAGCGCGAGAUCUGCGUCAGCCAAGUUCAGAGUUUGA